AUGGGAUAUAUUACUCCGGUUAGAAGAAUCUUGACCGCCCCCGACUUAGAAAAAUGGAAGGAAUCUCCAACUUACGACCUGGUGGUAUCGUUCAUCGAGACAUUGGCUGAAGCGGUGAAGGGGAAGACCAACGAUGCCGAAUGUGAAGUAUCAUUGCCAGUAUCCCAGGUAUUGUUGGUGUUGGAUGACGUGGAAAAAAGCAUUGACAAGUUCCCUGUCAUUCAGGAUAAAAACACUUCGAGGUUCGGGAAAGUGGAGUUCAGAGACUUUUAUGAUGAAAUAACCCAGAUAAGCAAGGGCCUUUUAUCAUCACGAAUCCCCAAGCUUCAAUUGCAUAAUGAUGGAAAGACUGACAAUGAUGAGAAUAACGAGCAUUGCAAUAAUGAACAUUGUAAUCAUGAUAAUGAUGAUGAUGAUGAUGAUCCACUAACCGAAAUAUGCGUCUAUUUUAACGAAUCUUGGGGUAACCGAACCAGAAUCGAUUACGGUUCGGGUCACGAAUUGAAUUUCAUGUGUUUUUUACUCUGUUUAGUGAAACUACAUGUGCUUGAUUUGGAAAAAGACGCUACGGCAAUCAUUUUGAAAAUCUUCAUCAAGUACAUGAAAAUCAUGAGAAAUUUGCAACAGAAAUACUGGCUAGAACCCGCAGGGUCUCAUGGGGUAUGGGGGCUUGACGAUUACCAUUUCUUGCCGUUUUUAUUCGGGGCGUCGCAAUUAUCCACCCAUCCUCACCUAAAGCCAAAGUCUAUCCACAAUAAAGAGUACGUCGACAUGUUCAAGGACAAGUACUUGUACUUCCAUUGUAUUUGGUUCAUCAACAGCGUCAAGACCGCGUCUUUAAGAUGGCAUAGCCCGAUGUUGGACGAUAUUUCCGGGGUCAGGACCUGGAGUAAAGUUGCCGAAGGGAUGAUAAAGAUGUAUAAAGCAGAAGUCCUCAAUAAGUUGCCGAUCAUCCAGCAUUUCUUCUUUGGGAAAAUCUUGCCGGCUCCCGAAGGGGUUUCAAGACCACCGUCAUCGACAACAACAACAGCAACAACCGCACAUACCCAUAAUGGUGAAACAGUGGUAGAUCCCGAUAGUAAUGAAGGGUUGCCGGGUCAUGUGCACACUUGGGGUGAUUGUUGUGGGAUUAAGUUACCAAGUGCCAUUGCUGCGCAUCAAUUGGAAGCGGCUAGCAAACCUAUACCUUUUGACUAA